AUGGAAGCAGCAUAUGUUACGGAUGACAACGGUACAACAUCCAACUCAACGGAGGAGGGUGAGGAAGGAGACGUGUUUGUGGAGAUGCAUCCUGUCUGGAUCGCCUUCAUGUGCGUCUUUUACAUUGUGGUGGGAUUCUUCGGAGUCUUUGGCAACUGCAUAGCCUUGGUCGCCCUGGCCACCACCCCGAAGCUCCGUAACACCUGCACGGCGCUCAUCGGUAACCUCUGCGCGACCGACCUGAUCACCGCCAUCCAGCUGCUCUUCCUGAUGACUCCGACGCAGCUGAAUAAGGGUUUCCCCGAGAACUGGGCCCUGUGCAAAUUCAUGAUGUACCUACCGACCACGACCUAUAGCGUGUCGCUCACCACACUCAUGUUCAUCGCUGUUAACAGGUAUUUACUGAUCACGCGGCCACGGACCUGCUUCAGGACCUGCUGUGGUAGCAAACAGGUGGUUGUACACAUCGCUUUGAUCUGGUUCAUCAAUUUUGUGGUCGUCGUCCUACCGGCUAUUACAGGCGCGAGCCCUGUAGUAUACGACCGCGAAGGGCAGGGCUGCCACGCCGAAAGCAACUGGAUGUUCCGGACAAUCAUGUUGUCUUUCUACGUCGUCAUUCCAGCUUUUGUUGUCGUGCCGUUACUUUACGGGUUGACCGUGUGUGCUGUGAAGGCCAGUCACCGGCGGGUGCACGCCCGAAACACAACCAGCGAGCAUCCGUCAGCGGCCCCAACGGGGCAGAACGGCGAUUGCAGCGUCAUCUCCACGGUGUCCAAUUCCUUGAACAACCAGAACGAUACUGCCCCGCAUCCCCACGCCAUCAGCAAGCGAGAGAUCAACUUCACCAAAGUCCCCAUCCUGAUCUUCAUCGUCUUUGCCGUCUGUUGGACGCCGCAGCUAAUCCAGCACGCCCUCCGUCCCCCACAAAGUUGA